CGGUAGUGUAAAGAGCGCAGACCCUCGUUACCUAAAGCGAACGUGUUUAUCUUUUAGCACUUGGCUGGCACAAAUCCCCGUUCGCUAAUCGCUUCUCAUCAGAUCGUCGGGAUUCAGACGUCAUGCUUUCAUCCGUCAGAGGUAACGGAGCAUAACGUGAAUCCGCAGUCCGGGGAACAAACAUACAGACAUCCUCAUCAUCAUCAGCAGCAGCAGCAGCAGCAGCUAGCUCAGUGAUGAUGAACAUGGAUUUAAGUGCCGUUAUAGAGGAGAUGGAGACAGGCGACCAAGACUCGGCUCUGACGGCUUUACAGAGCUACAACAAGCAGAUGAACCAGUGCUUUACAUUCAACAGGGAUGAGCAGAAGGACAGAGAGGAAGGAAAGUUACAAAAGUUGAAGGUUCAUAAACACUGGCCUAACAAAAUGCUGUCAGAUUUGGACAGUAUUCACUGCUCUUUGAUUUCUCAAGAAGAGGAUGCGGGAGGAGACAAGGAAGAGACGGGACUAUGUAGUAAAGUGCUGAAAGAAUCUUCCCCUCCUUCAGAAAAUCCUGACCAGGAAGUGAUUGUUGAGGCACUCAAGUCCAUCUGCAACAUCCUGCUGCACAAUGAGACAGGACAGAUGGUAGCAGCAGAUCUGCAGCUGAUUAAAGGUGUUGCAGAGAGAUUGAAACAGUGUCAUGAUCCUACUUGGAACUAUGAGGUACGUUUCUUUGACUUGCGCCUAACCUUCCUGCUGACUGCCCUAAGAGUGGAUGUCAGGGCACAGCUGGCUCAGGAGCUUCAUGGUGUCAGCCUUCUAGGAAACCACUUGGAAGCCACACUGGGUCUAUGCUGCUCAGGGACCCUGGAGACAGCAAGAGCAGGUUUUGAAGGCAUCCCGACCGAAGAGCUGCCCCCACUGAGCCGGCAGCAGACAGAACUAGCUAUGGAGAUACUGAAAAUACUAUUCAACAUCACGUUUGACAUAAACAGACGCAAAGUUGAUGAGGAAGAGGCAGCUGUGUACAGACAUUUGGGAGCCAUACUGAGGCACUGUCUAAUGAGCCACGCUGAUGGAGAGGAGCGGACUGAAGAGUUUCACAGCCAUACUGUGAAUUUACUAGGUAACCUCCCUCUGCCUUGUUUGGAUGUAUUAUUGAUGCCCAAGGUGCAGCAAGGUUCCAUUGAAUAUAUGGGUGUCAACAUGGAUGCUGUGAACACGCUGCUAAAAUUCAUGGAGAAAAGACUUGACCGGGGUCAUAAGCUGAAGGAGACCCUUCUUCCAUCUCUGAACUUGUUGACUGAGAGUGCCCGUAUCCACAGAGAGACCAGGAAGUUCCUCAGGUCAAAAGUGCUGCCACCACUACGUGAUGUGAAAAACAGGCCAGAGGUGGGCAACACGCUGAGGAAUAAAAUAGUCCGCCUUAUGACCCUCAUUGACACUGACGUCAAGGACUGUGCGGCUGAAUUCCUCUUUGUUCUCUGCAAAGAAAGUGUUUCAAGGUUCAUUAAGUAUACUGGAUAUGGCAAUGCUGCAGGCCUGCUGGCUGCCAGAGGACUGCUUAGAGGAGGUAAAGACCCUGGAAUCUACUCCGAGGAUGAGGACUCUGAGACAGAAGAGUACAGAGAGGCCAAAGCCCAAAUCAACCCAAUAACAGGAGUUGUAGAAGAGGAGCAGCCCAAUCCCAUGGAAGGAAUGACAGAAGAGCAAAAGGAAUAUGAAGCCAUGAAAUUGGUCCACAUGUUUGACAAACUGUCAAGAAACCAUUUAAUACAGCCCAUGCAGCUCGGUAUGGAUGGGACAAUGACAGAGAUGACUACAGAGGAUCUCCAUAAACUGACCAACAAGCCAUUGCUCCAGUCAGAAGACCCUCCUAAUUUAGACAGUGAGGAUGAAAACUGAAGAAGGAAACGAAUUCCAUCCAUGACAAUCCUAAAAAAAAUCUGUGUCACUAUUUAAGCGAUUCAUAUAUCAUAAGUAUAAUUUUGUUGCAUUUUACCCAAUUUAAUUGGAGAGGAAAGAAAAUGUUAAUUUGUUUAGUAAAUAUCAGAAACGGGUACACAAGAAGCCACUUAAAUGAUCAUAAACUCAACUACAGAAUUCAGAUAAUUUUACAAGGAUGAUUAUUUUAAUAGGAAUAGUUUUUUCAUCCAAGAUAUUUAUGUUCAAUAAAAUAUAAAAAUGUAAUUACUAGGUUGUGUUAUGAAGCACUUAACUGACAACAAGUGGAAGAGAAAAUUCCUUAAACACUUUAUAUAAGGGAAAGAUGUCAGGGGACAAUGUAGCUAGCAAGCAUCAGAUGGUCGUUUGUAGUAUGGCUGUGGGCAUGAUCAACAGGAAGUGAGUGAAGUCAGGGGAGAGGUUUAGGUGGUGGAAGCUGAAGAAGGAAGAAUGAUGUGCAGUGUUCAAGGCUGAGUUGAUACAGGUGGUAGGAAGUGUUGCUAGUUGACUGAGAAAGCACAGCUGUAGUGGUGAGGGAAACUGGCAGAAGGGUAUUUGGAGAGAUUGAGUGAGAAAAGAUAUGAAGCAUGUUUGGGUGAGUAAAGAUAGUGAUGGAAAUGUAAUGAAGAGAAUGUGUUCAGGAAGGAGAAGCUCAUCAAUGAAGAAAACGAGAAAGGACAGAAGUCAGUUGGUGAAUCAGGAAGUGUAAAGGAUUAGAAAGGAGGAAGGAAAGGGCAGCUAUGAAGAGGAUGAAGCAACGUACCUGUGGAGGUUUGGAGAUGUCAGGGAGAGAGGGCAGUAGACUGCUUAACACGAUCCUGGAUAGUGGUAGGAUGCCUGAGGGAUGGACAAGUAGCAUACAAGUCCUGAUUUCAAUAACAAGAGUAAUGUGCAGAGCUGUCCUAAGUACAGAUUGGUAAAGUUGAUGCCACCAUACCAUGAAAAUAUGGAAAAGAGUUGUUGAAGCUGGGCUGAGAGGAGAUGUGGCAGCAAGGACCAGUACAGCUUCAUACAGAGAGCACUACAGAUGCAAUAUUUUUUUCUUUAGAGUUUUGAUGGAGAAGUAUGGAGCAGGUAAGAUGGAGCUGCACUGUGUGUUUGUGGCUCUGAAGAAAGCAUAAGACGCAGUGUGAAGAGGCACACAGGAGUGGUAGGGAAGGUGUGCAGUAUUAGUGUAAGAUGGGUUCAAGGUGGGGAUUGCAUUAAGGAUCUACAGUCCACAGAGGCCAGGCAGCAGUCUCUGUGGACUAUGACAUUAUGAGAGAACGGAGAGCAGAUGGAAGGUAACCUGGAGAUGUGGAGGUAUGCUCUGGAGAGAGAGAGAGAGAGAUUGCGAGGGAGACAAGUGAUCCUGCAAGGAGCAGAGGUACUAUAGGUAAAUGAGUUUAAAUAAUUGGGAUAAACACCCCACAGUGUAUGAGAGGUGAAGAAGAGAGUCAAGGCAGGGUGGAGUGAGUGGAAAUGAGUGUCAGGGGUGAUUUGUGAGAGACACAUGGCAGCAAGAGAGCAAGGUUUAGAUGGUAAGGAGACCUCUUAUGAUAUAUGACUUGUAGAGGGUGGCACCUACUAAAAAAAGCAGGAGGUGCAGCUGUUUUCAUUGUCAGUGACCAGCACGGACAAGAUCAGAAAAGAAUACAUCAGAGGGACAGCUUAGGUUGAGCUUUUGGAAACAAAGUAGGCUGAGAUGGUGUGAGAGAUGUUAAGGAGGAGAGAAGAUAUAUUGGACAAAGGAUGUAUAAUAUGCUGCUGCCAGGCAGGAGGAAA